CAGCAAGCAUGGGAGUAAUUGCGUUGACGACGGGGGGACGCUGCACGGGGAAUCGGGGAGAUAUUAAUCGAUUCCUUUUCCUCUGGAUGGAUUCCGACCGUCCUUUUCCCGCACUAUAAAUUCCGGGGCAGCGGCAAGAAUCCGCAGAGAUCGCUGUCAGAAGGCCCUGCACUCAAACUCAGCAGGUGGAGGGGGGCGAUAGAGGCAACGGGCCGCCGGCGAUGUCGUCGUCGUGGAACUCGGUGGGGCUGGAGGUGCUCUACCAGGUCAUCGGGUGGAUCGCCUUCGUCGCCUGGUCCUUCAGCUUCUACCCGCAGGUCGUCCUCAACUACAGGCGCAAGAGUGUCGUCGGUCUGAACUUCGAUUUUCUGGUGCUGAAUUUCACAAAGCACUCUUCCUACCUCAUAUACAAUGCUGCUCUAUUCUUCAGCCCCUUCAUCCAGCAACAGUAUCAUGACAAGUUUGGUGAUAAAGAGAUGAUUCCUGUUGCUGCAAAUGAUGUUGCUUUCUCUCUACAUGCAGUGGCCUUGACAUCUUUUACCCUUUACCAAGUUUUUAUUUAUGAGCGUGGAAACCAGAAAGUCUCCAAAGUGUGCAUAUCAAUCUCUGCUGUUGUCUGGUCAGCUGCUAUUGUUUGCCUCAUUGUAGCUUGGCCAAAAAGUAACUGGCUAUGGCUUAUUGAUGUAUUCAAUUCAAUACAGGUUGCGAUGACAACAGUCAAGUACAUCCCUCAGGCUGUGAUGAACUUCAGGCGGAAGAGUACAGUUGGUUGGAGUAUUGGCAAUAUUUUACUUGAUCUUACAGGGGGGGUGCUGAACUUUGGUCAGAUGGGUGUGCAAUCUAUUGAUCAGCACACUUUAGUGAAUUUCUAUGGAAAUAUCGGCAAGACUCUUCUUUCAUUGGAAACUGUUUUCUUCGAUGUUCUCUUCAUAAUUCAACACUAUGUGUUGUACCCUGUCAAACGGGAUGAGAAUGGUAAGGCCAUCAUUUCUGAGAGGGUAGCUCCUCUGAUCAGGCCCUCAGAUAAGCCUGAAGAAGAUAGUGUAUGAUAUAUGUACAGUACACGCAGUGCUGUCUCAAUUUCUAUCUGUUUUAACAAAGAUAAACCACGAUUAUUUUUCAUGUAUUGUGAAUUAACUGCUGUACAUAUUUCUUCACGGAUUACUGUAAAAAUUUAAAUAUUGCAGACCUUCAGUUUUGUCCUUGACAUUUAUACUUUGUGUAAAGAUUUACAAAAAACAAUAUAUAAUUGAUUUGGCUAGUGUUUA